AUGGACAUCUCCAGCGUGAGCAAGGCGUUCCAGUCGGAGCGCCUCAUCUACCGCUCCCCAGAAGAUAACGACAAAGACAAGGAAUUCUUCUUCAAGCAUACCGAGAAUGACCCCGUCGCAAAGGCCCUCGCGGACCCUUCUAUUCUUCGUCCCAGAAACAAAAAGGGCGUUGAGGAGUUCCUAACAGAGUUUCAAAAGUCCACUCUGGCUGUUGUACUAUGUCUUUCCCCCUCCGAAGCCAAAAAGCAAAACAUCGAAAGCGAAGAACCAGUCCCCAUUGGCUUCAUAUGCAUCGGCUGGGGCGGCAACCCCAAGAACCGCGAACAUCAUCGGAGUACGCAUAUUGGUAUCAUCAUCGCGGAGGAGUUUAGAAACAAGGGCUAUGGCGGGGAGAGUAUUAAUUGGGCGCUGGACUGGGCGUUUAGGUUUGGUGGAUAUCAUCGUGUUGGGAUUGGUACAUUUGGGUUUAAUGAGCGGGGGCAGCAUUUGUACAAGAAGUUGGGGUUUGUGGAGGAGGGGAGGAGUAGGGAGGCGCUUUGGUUUGAUAGAAGAUGGUGGGAUAUGAUUGACUAUGGGAUGCUGGAGCAUGAAUGGGAGGCUUUGAGGGCCAAGGCAAAGGAAGCUUGA